UUAAAAAAAAAAAAAAAUCCUGCAAUAUGAAAAUGCAAUGGAAGUGGAAAAAGGAUCUUUCUGGGAAUAACCAAACUCGUGCAAUCUGUAUAUGCUGCUAGAAGCUAUUCGGCUGGAGAAAAUUUAAUUUGCUGCUUGCUUGCUGACCGUUGUUUGGUUUCUGUAGAGAAAGCUUGUUGGGAUUUUAUGAUUUUAAUUACUGAGAACUGAGCGUGUCUGCUUUUGUUCACUUACAGAAGAAUCAGCUUUAAACCACCUUUCUCCUGGGACCCUCCAUUUCUAAGUUGGCUAAAGAGGAGCAAAAGGUAUCUUUCCCAGAACUGCUAACUACCCCGACUGAGAGAAGCAAUGCAAGCCCUGAUACGACCCAACCGAUACCGAUGGAACUCUAUGAGCAGGGAAGAACGGCUCAAAGAAGCCGCCAUGGACUUUAUUCGCAUGUGUGCCGAACAGGGUGAUGGUGAUAGCCCGAGGCAGCUUCAAGCGGCCCCUCAGCUGGACCCCUACCCGAGAGCCUCGGUGGCCUCAGUGGCCAGACCGAUGCUUCCCACAGUGAUCAGGCAAGGUCAGACCGAAUCCAGCUUCCAGUCAGACGACCCCGAGAAUUCCAGAGUUUCUAAGAAACCUGUGAUGAAAAGGAAAGUUCUGAGGCGAACGCCUGAUGGAGAGGUGCAAGUGACAGAUGAAUCCAUCACUAGUGAGACCGAAUCCAAUAAUCCAAGCGUCCAACAAUCCAGUCCCGAAUGUGAGAACUUAAAUCAGAGAAUGUACCUCCUGAAUGCUCAGGAAGAGGAGGAAGAGUGUGUGGAGGGGAACCGGCCCCAAAGUUCCCCUGGGUCAGUCUGCUCCUGGAGCCCUUCGGAGGAAAGCCGGCAUCAGUGUUCCCGGAAAGACAGCCAGAGCCUCAGCUCUUCAUCCUUUGAGCAGGACUUCAUCCUAACUGCCCACCCCAAGUCCUUCAUCUUACCAAAGUUGGAGCAGCUCAAUCGGAACCGAACGAAGACUGAUCGGGUUGCCCGUUACCUGGAACACAAGCACAACUGGGAAUCCCUGCGGCUUCCAGGAGAAGAUCCCAGGAAAGGUGUGCGCUGGAGCAUUCGGGAACAGAUGCUCUACAAGUCAGAACUGCCUCCUAAGGCUCAGCCUGUUUAUAUCCCCAACAAUUACCUGGUGCCUACAGAGAAGAAGAGAUCUGCCCUGCGCUGGGGAAUACGCUGUGACUUAGCAAACGGCGUGGUGCCUAGAAACGUCUAUUCCUCCUAAGAGCCUGGAAUCUUUAAAAGGUCACACACAGAAGAACUUGGUAGAUCCCAAAGAGCUAAGCUCAUGCAGCUAGGCUAUUUUUAUUUCUUUCCAAUUCCAAACCCUACUCGUUUAAUCUUAAAAUGUAUUUUGGAUCUGAAUGGCUACUUUCUGGCAAAAGAUUUUUUAAAACCUAUCGUCGUUUCCGAUCAUAUUAUUUGAAUGUAAAUAUUACCUUAUAAAAAGGCAGGCAGAAGAUGAAUCAAAACCUACUGAAGCACAGUCAAGAAAAAGGAUCCUUGUUUGGUUCCCUCCCCCCCCCCAAGAUACUUCACACACAUUCCCUUUUUGAACUCCUGUACUUUUAAAAAGUUUUAACUUCUGGAUGUAUAGAUUAAAUUAAAUGUAUGAAGUGAAAUGAUUAUUUUAUUCUUUUCAAGGCCAAACUUCAUUUCCCCUGCUUUUCAGAAUGCAUUAGAGUUGCUGUUCAGAGCUACAGAAGUAAACCUUCCUCUGGAAUGAGAGACAGGUUAACAGGUAUACUUCCUUGUUAUGUGAAAAUGCUGUUUCACAGAUAGACGUCAGAAUGGCAGGAUAUUUUCUUCACUGAUUUAAGCAAUAUGCUUCCUACACACGGAAGUUUUAUCUUAGGAACAAUAAUGUAGUUUGCUUACUGAAAAAUACAAAGAACCAAGAAGUAAAUGUUAAUUCAAAUAGGUGGGUUUAAAAAGAAAGCGACAGUACAAAACCAUUUCGAAUAGGGAGGGUGCAGGUAAUUCAGAGGGUGCAGGUAAUUCAGAUGAGGAGGGGUCUUUGGUGCUUUCUGAGCUUGGUGGUUUUCCUGCAAACUAGUGUCAUCAUCAAUGAUAAUAUCACCUAGUUUUGAUAAUGAAGCCUUUGCAAGCAAAGGACCAAGCUCAGAGAACACCAAGGGCCCUUCAUUUCAACCCUGACCUACGAAUAUUCUUCGUGAAUUCACAUAACUGGGCAGGGGGAGGCAACCUUGGCUCUUUUAGGACUCGUGGACUUCAACUCCC